CUUUGUCUUGGUCUUGUCUACCUUUACCUAUCUCUUUGCGUCCGUCCCGCUUCCACUCGCUCGUCCAUCUUAUUUGAACCUCCCGGCGACCGUCAUCAAAAUUCCCCCCUGACCUUUCUCGUUCCCGUUAGAUGGCCACACUGUCGCAUCCUCCUCAGCCCACGGUUCACCAGACUGCGUCUCCCUCUAAUACCCUCGAGCAGCCCUCCACUCACUCCCGCUCCUCACUCUCGGAACGGUCCUAUCCAGGCGCUGUCACCGCUGCUGCAGUUGCUGUUGCCGCCAUCCCGGCUCCUCCCGCCCAAGCCCGCCGGCAUCCUCGCCCUGGCCGUGACCGCCUUGGACAGGACUCAGAGCGCCAUCGCCACCGUCUCGGAGCCCGCGAUCCGCGCCCGGCACUCCAACGGUACCCUCUCGAGACCCUCCCUCCUCCCCAGCUCGACGCCCGCCUCAGAGCCCUCCAGCCCGGACCAGAACCACCGGCUCAGGAGUGCCUCGAGCCAGUCCCUGUCGUCCAACGUCAACCUGGACAGCGUUGUCGCUACCCAAGCUGCUUUGGCGAACCACCCGCCUCCCCAGCCCUACACGCCAACAGACCCCAACCAACCUACCUCCCAUCAAGUCUCCCGUCACGGCAAACAAGAUGCACCAAACAUCCUCGCGCUUGCUGCGCAUGACGGAUGACGACCGGCCGUUCACGAGGGACUUCAAGGAUCUCUUCUCCACCCUCGUCGUCAGUCUCUUGCCGCUCUCGGCCCACCGCGUCCGAUUGACCAAGUUCGAGUACACGUUCCUCUCCGAGGAUGCCAUCAACAACUUCGGAUCUCUCAAGUUCUCCCAGUC